UUCAUACCAUAUGAUUUUUCUCAACAAGGUUUUAACAAGACAAGAAAGCAUACACACAGAUUCACACAGUGGCUGGCGACCUCUUCUCUUCCGGCGAGUGCAGCAGGCGAGAAAUAAGAAAAACCAGCGAAGAAGAAGAAAGAAAGAAAGAUGGAAAUGAGAGCAAAAGAAGACAUAGAAAUAGGAACGGACAUAACUCUCCCACUCCCACCUCUUGCAAUCUCUCUCUACGACUCCUCUCUCUCUUCUCACUGCUCCUCCUGCUUCCUCUCUCUCUCCUCCACCACUUCCACCUCUUCUCUCCACUACUGCUCCACCACCUGCUCCACCUCCACCUCCACCUCCACCACCACCACCACUUCUUCCGAACAGCGGCUUCUCUCUCUCCUCCACUCUAACCCCUCACUGUACCCUCACCCCGACUCCUCCGACCUCCGUCUCUCUCUUCGCCUCCUCCACCUCCUCUCACCUUCCUCCUCCUCUCUCUCUCCUCGCCUCCUCCGCCUCCUCACCAAUCGACACCACCUCACUUGUCAUGACGAUGAUGGAGUCAUGUCAAGUAAGGUUAAGGCUGGAGCCAACGCCAUCGUCGUCGCCUCCAGGGGAUUCAGAUUCGACUUCGAUUCGAAUGAUCGAGGUUUUCAAUUGGAGGAGGCUGUUACUGUUUUGUGCCUUGUCAUUACUAAUGCUGUUGAGAUUUCUUUAUAUGGUCAGAGGCUUGGAAUUGGGGUUUAUGAUUGGCGUUUCUCUUGGAUUAAUCAUACUUGCUCUCCCAAUUCGUGUUUUCGCUUUCUUCCUGCUUUGCCGCUUCAUGGAGGUUAUGAUGAUUCUUCUUCCAUGCGGAUUUUCCCUUGCGGUGAUCAUGCUCAAAUGCAACAGGAUGAAGGUGACUCUACUACUUCUGACUUGGCUAACGGAGUUGGAAAUUAUGGUCCAAGAUUAAUAGUUAGAAGUAUCAAGGGAAUUCAAAGUGGUGAAGAGGUGACAAUUACGUAUACAGAUUUGUUGCAGCCUACGGAGCUGAGGCAAUCUGAGUUAUUUUUGGAAUACAAAUUCUUCUGUAAUUGUCAACGGUGCAGCGCAGUGCCUCAAGCAUAUGUUGAUCAUGCUCUGCAAGAAACAAUCUGUCUUGGCCACGAAAAUUGCUCAAAAACACUGGACAAGCAUAACAAGGAAGAGGUGACUGAGAAGUUGAGGUAUAUGUUGGAUAAUACUAUAGCAGAGUAUAUGGAGCUAGGUGAUCCUGUAUCAUGCUGUGAGAAAGUUGAAAAACUCCUUUCUGGAGGCUGUUUAAAUCAUGUGGAGCAAACUAGAGGAAUUUUUCAUAUAUAUUUCAAGUUGUUACCACUCCACUAUAUCUCUUUAAGUGCCUUUACCACAUUGAUUUCUACAUAUAAGAUCCGUGCUGGUUUUGGUGAAAUGCGUUUACAGAGUGUUGACAUGAGGAUGAUUAGUGCAGCAUAUAGCUUGCUGCUUGCUGGUGCAACACAUCAUCUUUUUAUGUAUGAGCCAUCUUUGAUUGUUUCUGCUGCGACAUUCUGGAUAGACGCCGGAGAGUCGUUAUUGUGUGUUGGUAGAAGUCCUUCAUGGAACUCUUGUGUAAAUAGUGAAUCUCAACAUCUUUCAGAUGUUCAUGAUGUCAAUUGCCCUAGGUGUUUAUUGAUGCAUAAGUUUGAAUCGAGUGUUUCUUCUGGACAAACUCAAAAUAAAGCUCUCGAAGACAUAUCCCAGGAAUUUCACAAAUGUAUAUCAAUUAUGGCUCCAAAAGUUUGGAGCUUCUUGAUUCAAGAUUGUAAAUACCUGAAGUCUGUUAAAGAUCCCAUAGAUUUCAGCUGGAUUCGAGAUAUGAGCACUUUUGGCAAUACUCAGUAUGGUGAGUUCCACUUUUGCCAUGAAAGUGAGAACAAAGGUCUUCUCAAGUAUGGCACUGGAAAUGCAGGCGUUGAUGCAAGGACAGAUAUCCUUCGAUUAGGCGUGCAUUGUUUGCAGUAUGGUCGGUACUUGUCAAGCAUUUGCUAUGGUAAUUCAUGUAGCAACCAAUUGGUACGACAUGUGAUUCAUAUUUGAUGGGUCCUUCCUUUACUUGUGUUCAUUAUUUUCAUUCUUUGUGAGUUCAACCACAUAAACGCAAUAAACAAGUCAUCAUAACUCAGAUAUAUUAUUGUCUAAACAAGAGGGGGGACUCUAGUUACCUUCAUGCAA